AGCACCUUUUUCCUGCAAAAAGUUUGAGAAUAAGAUGAUGUUGGAUACAUGGAUACACUACAACUAGCACUACCACUAACCUAGCUUAGCGACCUUAGAGUCUAAGUUUAAGGUUUAGUAUAAUCCUAAAUUUUUUGACGGCGUCGUGGCCUUUGUGCCACUCGCCCUUCCUCAUCCCUGUCGUAGAACUACAAAAAUGAAAAUGAAGCUGCCGUCUGCUUGUCUCUCUCCUACCAGUACUGGUACAACUGGUGCUUCGACGACCUCUUUCUCCCCACCAAUCCGCACUGCAGCAGUUCAACAAAACCCUCAAAGGAGCAGUAACUCUCCUAGUACAAGUACUGCAAGGGAACAAGGAGGUCAAAGUACUGCCAGAAAGGUUGGGCAUCGGGCAGCUUCUCGUUCGUUGGAGAUGUCAUCCAUGGGUCGUCCUCGAGGUGCUAGAAGAAGUACCAAGGGGGCCAACUCCCAUCGCGGAUUCUUCUUUUUUCCGCUUCUUCAUCUUCUCCUUCCAACAUAUUCAUAUCUCUAUUACUUUUUUCCGCUCCUUGAACAAGUUUGUUCUGGGCUGAAGUUACUCAUAAGACCGAGACGACCGAUGGAAACAGGACUGGGCAAGUUGUUUAAGGACAAAAAAGAGGUUGCUCAGUAUCGAAAACAAGUAGUCAUCGACCUAGCAUUAAGGCUCAAUACAUUUCAUUUCGUUCCACGGCUCAUUUCUCGGAAGAAAUGAAGGGAAGAAAUGAAAUGUUUUGAGCUCUAAGAGAAGAUCAGCUCAAGUCAGGCGCGUGCGACAAGAUAACGACCCUGUAUGACUUCGUGCAGGACUACCUGCAACAAGAUACAGCGAAACUAGACGCGGCCGCUCUUAAGAGGAAGGUGAGAACCACCUUCAGUUCCUUAGAAGAAGAUGAUUAUGGACAUUUUUCUCCUAUCUUUAUCAACGGACCAUCUUCCUUGCACUCAUACUCAUUAUUUCAAGGGGAAGAAAAGCAAAAGCUGCCAGGAUUGGCACUUCUCAGUUGUUUCAAAGGGAAAAACAAAGACUGCCAGGAAGAUCAUGGUGUGCCAGUAAUAGAGGGGAGAAAAAAUAACAACAUCCAUACUACUAGCUCUUCCACCACUGACUUUGUCCCAGAGCUUUUCGCGUCUGCAGUGAUUGACGACCAUUUUCUCUCCGCAGCUCCGGUCGAAGGACUCGACGCACUGGCCACAGCGCUCUUACGGUCUUCCUCUGCCUUUUAUGAACAAGAACUACUGACCCGUUUGUGUAGUACUAAAAACUUCUAAAGAUAUUGAUAUUGGUAUUAGACUUCUAAAGAUAUGAUGAAUAUGUCAUGGUUUUUAUGUUGGUCUAGUGCAACUUCAACUUGUUAAUAUAGUAUUGUCGUUUCGUUCACCAGAGUCUCCAUUUUCCUCGUCUAACAAAGAAACAGCAAUAGCACGACGAUUGCCUUUCCAGUGCUGAAUAGCGUAGAUGUCCAGUUUGCAGCACGCUUAUUGGAACUCGCUCAAGCUGGCGUCAAAGACAACCCCACGCCUGAUCUUGUUACGGCCAUCUUCUGUAUUCAAGAUCAACUACAGCUAGUAGGGAGUAUAGGUACUUCCUAUAGCUUGCCGGCACGAGGAAGAUUUUUCUACCUGAUGACUUCAAGCACAGGGUUAAUACUGUUGUGCUUCCAUUCAUUUCCUACCUGAAAAAGCAGCUCUCUUAGAAUGGUCUGAGGCAUCUUCAUGCGACCAGCACAGCAACUCUUACUCUAAGUUUGGCAUCAGGAGCGUCUUCUGCAAGAAAGCCAGCAGCAAUAUCGGACACCCAGGCGUCCCUUUGAGUGGUCCCAGAGGAGGUAGUAGUUCUUCGACAUCCCGUCAGGAGCACCAAGAGCAUCGAGCCUACUGCCUCGUUGAGAUCGACCACACUGAACAACUUGGUGCGCAAAAAGACGACCUGAUCAAAAAUAGAACUCGGAGUAUCAAUUUCAAUACUCAUGAAGAUCCAGCCAGCAUGUUGGAAAGCCGGUCUUCUAACGUGGACAUCACUGUUUUUAAGGGUACAAGAAAUCCAUCUUCACUGUCAUCCUGGUCCCGUUUUUUAAAGGGAAAAGGAGACCCAAGAUGCUGCUGAGGAUGGAUUUCCAUUAGUUCUAAUGUUUCAUCAAGCAAACCGCAGAUCUUGGCUGUGGGCUUCGGAUGCGGUAAUGCCGAGGUGGCUGCAAUGGGGAGCAAGUUUGGCAGUGAUCUACACCUCCUAAAAACUCCACGAGCUCACUGCGAGGAACAAGACUUAUGCUAUAGUCAAGAAAUACUUUGGAACGCGGGAGGUCCAUACUCAAGCUCUACUUCUGGCUGUAGGCAUAGUGCAUCAAAUGUACAACUUGAACGUUGAGUCACUGAUGCAUUUCUUGUCGUCUAAUAUGUAGUUGUCAUGAAAGGUUGAAUAGCGAUAGUGUUGUGAUACUGAUAUGUUGUUGCCACCUUUCGAUAUUAGUAAAAAUUGUUUUUCGCUGUAGAACAGUUAAAUGGAUUCUAAGAUGAGCGUCAACGUCGAGGAUGAAUUCUUUUGAGCAUCUUGGGGAGCAAGGGGAGCCACUUGAGCAUCUUGGUGAGCAAGGCGACCCGAUUUUCUUGGAGCACUUGGAGAAUUCAAUUCUUGCCAAACCGAAACAGAAACUCCUCUUAAGACUUGUUCUCCCUCCUAGUAAAACGAGCAGGUAACUUGUUCCUCCUAAGUAACGUCAACAUUUAGUGUCCAUCUUUUUCGACAUCUCGGUCCCCUUUUCCUUUGUAUUCUCAUGAAAUACAAGGUAAAAGGGGUCAAGAUGAGGGGGCCGAGACGCAAUCUAACAGACUCCAACCUCACCUCCUAAGCAGAGCUCUCUUAGAUGAUCACUGUGAUGAUCGGUUAUUUCACUUUUUCGAAGACGAUACGCAAUGAUUUUAGAAGUAGCUAAUAAUGAUCAUUGCAUAUAUCAUGGGAGUAGAAUAGGUUUCUUGGGUGGGGAGCAGUUCUAAUGAUUGCUCUAGCCGAUGGAGGGAAAGGGCACUCAAAUCGGGAUAUGAUCGUUACCUUCCGAACGCUAUGGCACGACAUCAUGCCGGGGGGCGUGUACUCUUAACUUCCUACUUACUCAGAACAAUUAUAGAUUUAUGUAGAACAUGUCAGAGAUAGAGAAGGUCUGGAUCAAAUGUUUCGUGCGAGUACUUUCAAUAAUCGGGUUCAGCAGGCAAGUGUCUCAACCACUUACUUCUCAGAAAUAAUGGCUCAAGACCUUGUGCUAAGCCUAGCGCUUUUUUUUUGAUAUUCCACCACAGAUAUUUGGAGCUUCAAGAAGAACUACAGGGACGGUUGCUUAGUAGUUUAUUCACAUCGUAUUGAGAUUAUCAUACAUACAUUCCAUAUCUGCAUCAUAAUCUUUUUCCGUACCCUUUUGACCGCCAGAUAUUUUGCCAAUUUGAUCGGAGAUAAUGCUUAUAGUCAGAUGACAGCGUCGGAUGCGCAACCUAUCGAUGAGGUUGGCCACGAGACAUCGGGAACGGCUCAAUUCAUGUUAUGGAAUCUACUUCUGCUCUGUUUCCUCGUCUCCUCCAUGGGAGGUACCGCUUCACAGAGUGCAGCUGGCUUAUUAAUGUAGACGCAAACUGCUGAGCAUUCUGAUCAUGUUCUUGUUGAAGCCAGUGAGAAAGAGAGGAGAAAAAAGAUGGAAAAGGAAAAGGAAAACUGAUACUCGCUUCGCGAUUAAUUCUGCACUGAACUUUGUGCGUACCGCUUCGCUUUUACAAACUUUGCGUGAGCGCCAUCGUGUAGACCAGCUAUGACGCCUUUAUGGCAGUCUGCACUGUAGGUUUUGAUUUAUCGGAACUCGCUCGCACUACAAAAAUAAAAAAAAAGCGACAUCAAUUGUAUUGUAUGGUAUUCUAAUCAUGUUCAAGCGAGUGCUGGUGGGCAUGCUGUUGUAUGAGGUGGAUGACGACGUGGAAAGUAUAGAUGUCCAGAAGAAUCACAUCGCGAUCCGGAAAGUGAAGUAGACUUCAGAAAAAAGCACAAAAGCGCUCCACGAAGUUCAAUGUUUCUGUUUUUCUUUUUUCCAUGCCAAUUUGAUAUUACGAACUAAGUAAUACCACGACGUAUUUGGAUGUUUUUGUUUCUCUUUUUUCCAUGCCGAUGAUGUUACGAACUGAGUAAUACCACUGCGUGUAUAACAUCGCCAGCGAUUAUAGUUUUUUCUUCUCCACCACUGGGAACGGAAACGGACAUGGAAGUCAUUCCGUUUUUUGUACAGAAGAUUUCACUGUACAGAGAAUGUCACCGACUAUCAUAGUCAAAGUGUUUCUAG